GUCCCUCUGGAAAUUUUGUUCUCAUGGAAUAGUAAUAGUGUAAUACGAUACAUGUGGUAACUUUUUUAGAUUUGCCAAAUUUCCGUAGAUUCAUGGAAUUUUACGUUUCGAAUUGGACCACUUUAUAGUGAGCUUACACGACUGAUCGGAGAUUCAGAGGCUUUACUCUUCCUGUCCUCCCAGUUUCGUCCCAAACUUGACAAGACCCACCGACAAAGAAGCAAGAAACCAAGAACAGUAGGUGAGUGACGGAAAAAUGACCAUUUCUUCAUACGGCGGCGAACCCAAACACUCUAUUGAUUCCGACCAUACGCGGCUUCACGAGCUCGGCUACAAGCAAGAGCUCAACCGCAACCUCUCGGUGUUGUCCAACUUUGCGUUUUCCUUCUCUAUUAUAUCCGUGCUUACCGGCGUGAACACCCUUUACAGCACUGGGUUGAAUUUUGGUGGCCCAGUUUCAUUGGUGUAUGGAUGGGUCAUUGCAGGUACCUUCACCAUGUUUGUUGGGCUAUCCAUGGCUGAAAUUUGCUCUUCUUAUCCCACCUCAGGGGGUCUCUAUUAUUGGAGUGCCAAGCUUGCUGGUCAAAGCUGGGCUCCUUUUGCUUCUUGGAUCACCGGCUGGUUCAACGUUGUUGGUCAGUGGGCAGUGUCAGCUAGCGUAAACUUUUCACUUGCACAGUUGAUUCAAGUGAUGGUUCUCCUUAGCACAGGUGGAAUGAACGGCGGUGGAUAUGAAGCAUCUAAAUACGUAGUUAUUGCUAUACAUGGUGGAGUUCUUCUAUCACAGGCUAUCUUGAAUAGCCUUCCCAUAUCGUUGUUGUCCUUUCUUGGACAGAUAGCUGCUGCGUGGAAUAUAUUUGGUGUCUUUCUUCUUAUGAUUUUGGUCCCGUUAGUUGCAAAGGAACGAGCCAGUGCCAAGUUCGUGUUUACACACUUUAACACUGACAACGGGGUUGGAAUCCAUAGCGAAGUGUAUAUAUUUGUCUUGGGGCUCCUUAUGAGCCAGUAUACGUUAUCGGGCUAUGAUGCAUCUGCCAAUAUGACAGAGGAAACGAAGAAUGCUGCUAAGAAUGGGCCGAAAGGAAUCAUACUUGCCAUUGGCAUAUCGCUUAUUGCUGGAUGGUGUUACAUACUUGGUAUAACUUUUGUUGUUACCGAUAUCCCGUAUCUUUUGAGCCCGGAUAACGAUGCGGGUGGUUAUGCUAUCGCUCAAAUGUUCUAUGAUGCGUUUAAGAGUAGAUAUGGCAGCGGUGUUGGUGGAAUUGUUUGUUUAGGUGUUAUAGCCGUCGCCAUAUUCUUCUGUGGAAUGAGCUCACUGACUAGCAACUCGAGGAUGGCUUAUGCAUUCUCGCGAGAUGGAGCUAUGCCAUUUUCGGCGUUCUGGCAUAAAGUGAACAAGCAAGAGGUCCCAAUUAACGCAGUCUGGGCAUCAGCUCUAAUCGCAUUCUGCAUGGCACUAACGUCUCUUGGAAGCAUAGUAGCAUUUCAAGCCAUGACAUCAAUAGCAACCAUCGGUCUUUACAUUGCAUACGCUUUGCCAUCCUUUUUCAGAGUGACUUUGGCCCGGAAAUCUUUCGUGCCAGGGCCGUUCAACUUGGGGCGCUAUGGGGUCGUCGUGGGUUGGAUUUCGGUCUCGUGGGUGGCCACCAUUUCUGUGCUCUUCUCGUUGCCUGUAAGGUAUCCUAUAACAGAUAAAACUCUGAAUUACACUCCAGUAGCAGUAGGAGGCCUUCUUGUUCUGGUUGUCUCUUCAUGGAUUUUUGGUGCUAGGCAUUGGUUCAAAGGCCCUAUUACAAAUAUUGAUCACUCUUCAAGUGGAGAUGCAUAAUUGUAAGAUUUUUGUAUGUACAAAUGUGGGACAUUAGAGAUUUCAAAUUGUUUAGUACUUGCUUAAGCUUAUGUUUUAUGGAAUAAACUAUGUAGCCCUGCAA